CCAUGAUUUUUUUAUUCAUUCUAACUCAUUCUCUUUAAAAUGUUUUCUAAUAUUGUAGAUUUCAUUCUCUUAGUUUAUCCGAUAUCUAACGUUACCUUCACACUACUACAAUAUAAAAAUACUCAUUCACAAAUCAUGCCAAUAAUUUUAUUCAUUCGUUGACUUUCACAUUCAUGACUUUGAUCCAUCGUGUGAGCAAGCUCUAUAUAUAACAAAUUUCUCCUUUUUCAAUUCUCAUCAUACAUUCAUAUAAGCAUAGUUUGUUUUGAGAAAGUUAAGAUGGCAAAGUUCAACAUGGAGUACUAUCUUCCAAUAAUAGCUAUGGUAGUUUUGCAAUUUAUAUCUGCAGGUACAACUCUUGGUAAUAGAGUUGUGCUUGUGGAUGGAAUGAGUCCAAGGGUGUUUGUGGUAUAUCGUCAUGCUUUUGCCACCAUUUUUCUUGCUCCCAUUGCUUAUAUAUCAUCAAGGAGAAACUCUGUCUCAUGUUCCUUAAAUUUAAGGAGUUUUUCAUGGAUCUUCUUCACCUCACUAAUUGGCAUUACAUUGAAUCAAAAUUUACUUUCCGAGGGUCUAUUACUAUCUUCUUCUUCAAUUUCAAGUGCCAUGGCCAAUCUUAUUCCAGCUGUCACAUUUGUUAUAGCAGCCUUUGCAGGAAUGGAGAAAGUGAAUAUUCGAAGUUUGAGAAGUAUAGCUAAAAUAGUUGGGACAAUUAUAUGCGUAUGUGGAGCAUUGUCAAUUGCAUUGUUGAAGGGUCCAAAACUACUAAAUGCCGAAAACUUAACUUCAAAAUCAAUCAUUGGAUUAUCAUUAGAAAGUGAUGAUAAUUGGUUGCUUGGAUGUUUGUUUCUCAUAGGAAACAAUGUUGCCUGGGCAAUUUUUCUCAUUUUGCAGGUUCCAGCUUAUGCAAGCCAUCCUAAUUCCAUAUCACUGGCAGCAUGGAUGUGUUUUAUGGGAACAUUACAAUCAAUAGCAGUAGCAUUGUUCAUGGAUCCGAAUUUAAAUGCGUGGAAGAUUAACUCUCUACUUCAAUUAUGUUGCGUUUUAUAUUCGGGAAUUAUGGGAUCUGGAGUUGCACUUUGUUUCCAAGCAUGGUGCAUUUCAAUGAGAGGGCCUCUUUUCUCUGCGGUGUUUAAUCCUUUGUUAACGUUGAUCGUGACUAUACUAGCUACCUUAUUGCUUCAUGAGAAAAUAUAUGUUGGAAGUUUGAUAGGUGCGAUUGGAGUGGUCAUUGGAUUGUAUAUUGUGCUAUGGGGUAAGGCUGAAGAAGCAGUUGAUGUCAAAGAUAAGACAGAGAAGAUUGUUGAUAUUGAAUCUUGUGGAAAAAUACACUGUAAAAAUGAUUUGGAAGAUCCUCUUUUACCUAACAAACCUUUAGAAAAUCAAGAGUUCUAACUGACCUGAUCUAGUGGAAUUCAUUGGUUUGGGUGUUGUUUGGGGUUUCUUGGUCUGUUGAUGGUGGGACUGGCGGUCUAAGCUCUAGCCGGGUCUUCUGUUAGGAAGGGGCAUCGUAAAGUGGUUUUGUUUGGGAGCUCCUAUACUUCUUUUUCUUUUGGUUUCUUGGCACUACUUGUGACAGCUGACUGUGAUCUCUAUUUGUUAUAGGUUAAUUCCCUUGCGUGUAUAUAUAAAUAUUUUUUAUAAAAUAUAUUUUAAAAAAAUUUAAUUACACUAAAUAUUGAUUGAAAGGGCUAUGUACUAUAAUAAAUGAAUGUCAAAGUAUAUCUUU